AUGGGCAUUUCUCUUUGUAUUAAUGCUGAUUCCAAGCCACCUACCAUCCAAGCUGCUGGUAGAAUUUUGGAUCAUCUCCCAAAGUACAAUAAUAAUUUCCAACCACCAAAUUGUGGUGCAAUGACUAAAGGUCUCGUAAAAUCACAACUUGGUCCAAGCAGAGUGCCAGAGCUCGUCAAUUUAGAUCCGGACAAUCAAAAAAACGAGGAUGGUCGUAUGAUCACACCAAGUCUCUUUGAGACUUUCUUUGCCUACCGCAAAGAUAUCAACAUUGAUAUCCCAUAUAAUUUGACAUUAAAUUAUGACAGUGAUAGAAAUAUCUAUACUUUUGACAGUCAAACAUUUUUCCCAAUUGACAACCAAGGUUGGGAUAAAAUUGACCCAAGCAAUAAGAUCUAUCAAGAUGGAGAUGGAAAUUAUCAUAAUUUCCAUUUCUGUAUGGUCAGUCAUAUGUUCUUCACCUACCAAGGUUAUGAGGUAUUCAACUUCAGAGGUGAUGACGAUGUUUGGGUAUUCAUCAACAGUGAGUUGGCUGUCGAUCUUGGAGGUCUCCACUCUGCAGAGACUGGAAAUGUAAAUCUCCAAACUGGAUUGAAAACUAAAUUGACUAUUGGUAACACCUAUCCAUUGGAUUUCUUCUACUGUGAACGUUGUACCACCACUUCUACUUUGAAACUCGAAACCAAUAUUCAAGUUUUCUGUGCCUCCUAUGACUAUUGUGGUAUUUGCAAUGGUGACGGUUCAUCAUGUUGCAAUGCUGCCGUUGACUGUAAUGAUGGUAAUUCAUGCACCACUGAUAUUUGUCCAAAGCCAAGACCAGGAAUUACCAAACAAAACUUUAAGGAUUAUUGUGAACAUCCACCCAUUACUUGCGCCCAAACCGAUAGUUGUUUCAAGAAUGGAUGUUCCAAUGGAAAAUGUGUCGUUACCAGCGAGCCAUUGGGUUGCCCAACUCAAUCAUGCAAGGACUCCACCUGUUUACCAAAUACUGGUUGCAAAUAUACCCCACACUGUCCAAACACUGACAAAUGCCUUAAUGUCGUUUGUGUCCCAGGUAAUGGUAUUAAACCAGAUUCCUGCUCAAGUACCAAAGUUAAUUGUGACAAGGGUGACUUGUGUACUGAUUACAGUUGUGACUCUGUUAAAGGUUGUAUCUCCAGCCCAAAGAACUGUGCUGCCAACUCUACCGAUACCAACAUGUGUAAUCAACACUAUUGCGAGGCAGGUGUUUGUAAAGUCAGACAACUCCCACCAACUGAGUGCCAAUGUUGCCAAGGUCAAACCGUUAACAAAUGCCAAGUUUCCAAGUGUGAUAGUACCUCCGGUAAAUGUAUUAUUUCAGACAAUCCAUUGAUUGAUGAUGGUGAUAAAUGUACAGUUGAUACCUGUGAUGCCAACGGUGUAAUCACUCACACCAAGAAGGUGUGUUCAGGAUGUCAGUCUUGCGACCAAGCCGAUGGAGUAUGCAAGAAUGCUGAUACCAACUGUGAUGACUUUAACAAAUGUACUAUCGACUCUUGUGUUACCAACUCUACACAAAACGUCUGCCAAUUCAAGCCAACCGAUUGUGACGAUAAGGAUCCAUGCACUGACGAUCUCUGCGAUCCAGUCCAAGGAUGUUUACAUACACCAACCGUAUGUCCAGGUGUUGGUGAUUGUGCAGUCGGUGUCUGUGUUCCAAAUGUUGGUUGCAGUACCAAACCAAGAGACUGCUCCACCGGUGUCUUCUGUACCGAUUCCAUUUGUAUCGAAGGUACAGGUUGUGCCAACUUCACCAGAAACUGUGUUGGUAGUGAUCCAAAGUGCAAGAAAGGUACCUGUAACAUCGAGAAACAAGAGUGUGAGUACUCUGACUACUCACCAAAGCCAUUCGGUUGUAACAAGGCAGCCAUUAUUUCCACUGGUGUCAUUGCUGGUAUUGUAGUUGCCGGUGCAGUUGCACUUGCCAUCAUGGUAUUCGGUGGUAAGAAGGGAUACGACUAUUGGAAGAAUCAUCAAGAACAAAAGAUUUCCAACCUCAACAGUAACCCACUCUACACUGUCAAUCCAAACAGUGGAAACAAUCCAUUGUUCCAAGAAAAUUAA